AUGAAAUUAUUAAGGUAUUCACUUUCAAAAGUUUGUCUUUCAGUUCAAACCUAUGAAAAUGGGUUUCAAGUUUGCCUUGAAUAUAUUAAUAAUUUUCCUAAUGAAUGCCCUUCUCUCCCAACUAAAAUCAAAGAAAUAAUUACAAGUUGGCACCAUUUUUUUGAAAAUAAACAAUUUACUACAGUUUUUCAAUAUAUAGUUGAUGCAAAUGCGAAACUUGAAUCUAAUAAUACAACUUUAGAAGUUCCUAAAAAAAAUCUAACUAAAAAAUUGGUUGAAAAAGAUAAAGAUAUUGAUGAUUUAGAUGAUUAUUAUGAAGAAUUAUUUUCUUCAGAUUUUACUGAUAAAGAAGAUAAUGAAUUAGAAUUUAGCCAUGUUCAAAAAAUUUCUUUAGAAUCAAUUCAAAAUAAUUCAGAGUCAUUUAUGGAGGAAGAGUUAAAUAAUGAGACUAUUGAAGCUACAAGAAAUAAUCUAAAAAGAAGGCAGAAAUUGGUGAAAAGGACUUUUUUAGCAGUUUGGAUUGAUGGCGCACGAUUAGUUUCUGAAGUUGACGGAAAAUUUAUACAAUCCCGUGCACCACCAUGUAAUGUUAGGCUUUAA